AUGGAACACUUUACCAUCUCCCUCCAACAUGGAGAAAAAGUCACAGGCAUUCACUGCUUACCUGCUCGUUCCGAGUCUCCCCUCAGCUCUCGUCCUUUAAUUGUUGCCCUCCAUGGUGGCGGCUACGAUUGCCACUAUUUCGACGCCGACUCUAAACAUACCGCGGCUAUCUCGGCCAAUGCCUAUGGUGUUCCGUUUGUGUCAAUCGAUCGUCCAUGCUAUGGAGAAUCAACUUCGUUCCUCCCUGUUCCAGCUGAUUCCGACUUUGUGAUGGAGACGAGUGUUCGACUACACAAAUAUAUUCUACCUGCACUCUGGGCUGAAUAUGGGGUCCCCAGUGAAUGCAACUGCAUUGUGCUCUUUGGUCAUAGCCUUGGCAGUAUGUUUACCAUAGCGACAGCAGCUAUGCAUGCCAAGGACGAAAGUCCCUCUUAUGUACUAAGUGGAAUUAUUUAUUCCGGCCUGGGCGAUAUCUGGCAGCCUCAUAUGAUGGAAAACUUUCUCAAGAUGUCGCUUGACCCCAUGGGCCACGCAUUGAAUUCUCCCAAGGAGAAAGAUGCCACUAUGUUUCGCUCAAAUACCGUGGACCCCAGCAUCCUCAAGCUUACGGAGCAGCUUGAUGCACCAAUACCAUUGGCUGAAAUUCAGAGUUUGCCCGAAUCCUGGCUUCCCAGCUGGAAGGAAAAAUGGGCGGCACAUAUUCAAGUUCCCGUCAUGUACGCUUUAGCAGAGCAGGAACCAUUCUUUAUUGUCUCGAAGGAGAGAUUGCAAGUAUUUACUGAAUCAUUCUCAAGUAGCCUUCGGGUUGAUGGCAGCUUCGUCCUUGGAGCACCCCACUGCAUGGAGCUGAGUUUGUGGGCGCAAGGAUGGUAUGCGAGGGUCUUUGGGUUUGCAGUAGAGUGCUCUGCGCAACGUGAAUGGCAGACAGUCAGCAAGUAG